AUGUCCGACGCUGCUAUAAGCAGUGCUGCUGCCGGCGGCAGCCCCCCCUGCCCCGCCUCCCUCGAACGUCCUGAUAGCCCGAGGAAGCCGCCUCGCGCGGCGGGGGAUUACCUCCUUAAAUGGGACUCUUCUGAUAAGGCAUAUGCAUACGCCUACGACCAAGAAUUUCUCUAUAAGCGGUCCCCCACCAAGCUUCCCGGGUACCACAACCCGGACAAUAAACCCGUGGCGAGCAAUAGGGAGGGUGAGGAGGGAGAGCCACUCAUCGACAGGAACGCAUCUUUGAAUAUUUUCCAUCGGUGUAUGGUUUCGGCUCUGGCUGUCAAGCAGGACAAGCCGGACAAGCAGGACAAGCCUAAGACGGGCGACAACGACAACGACGAUGACGCUAACGCUGACGACAUCGAUGACAACGACAACGGAAGCGAUAGCGACAGCGGCGACGAGCCUGACGAGCAACCAAAGGGCACCACGGGCGACUUCGACCCGCUUGGUGCCCUCUUCGCCAGCUCCUCCACCCUGACUGAUCGCCUGAUGAGGGCUAACGGCAAAGCUCUGCCGAAGGCAUAUACUUAUAUCUCGCCCCCUCUUCCCCCCCCUCACCCUACUGAUAGUAUCUUUUCCGAUUUCCGAUAUAGACGAUAA